ACAUAUCUAACGUUAUGGUAAUAUGUAUAUGUUCUAUGUGGUUCUGUUUGUUUAUUUUUUCAUUUCUCCAUGGACUCCAUGUGAUUAACAUUAAGUCGAAAUAAAUUUUAUACAUAUAUUUUUAACUAUGGCUUCAACAGAAGAAAAUAAGAAAUUUGCUGAUAUAAUACGGACUAUUGACGAAGAUGAGGAGGUUGAGGAUUUCUCGGAAACUUCCGAUGUCGAAGUUGAGUUUCAGCCCUCUAAGCAGAAAUCUAGGAAAAAAGCAGAUUUUGAUAAAGAUUUUCAUUUCAUGAACUCAGUAGAGGAAUAUAAUACAGAUUCUUGGAACGAUUUAACAAAAUAUAUUAAACGGAAAGCUAAAUAUAAGACAGACGACAAGAUAAAAAAAAUUAGAGCUAGCAAUUUGAAUAGCCAAGAUGGCGAAUCUGACAAUGAAAGUAACGAUGUCAAAGAAAAUCAUAGCGAUUCAGAGAUUUCUAUAUCAGACGAUGAAUUGAAAUAUGAUAAAAUUAAAGAAAAGAAGAAGAAAAAGAGUAACAAACAGUCUGAACCAGAGUCAUUUUUCAGUGAAAUUGUGGCAAAUACUGAAGAAGCUGGAAAUUUUUAUCAAAUGAACUUAUCAAGACCUUUAUUAAAAGCCAUUCAAGAAAUGAAAUUUGUUCACCCAACUCCAAUUCAGUCCGCUACAAUACCCGUUGCACUUUUAGGUAGAGAUAUUUGUGGCUGUGCUGCAACAGGUACUGGUAAAACUGCGGCAUAUAUGCUGCCAACCAUAGAACGUCUCUUAUAUAGACCAUCAGGUGGUACGGCUGUUACUAGAGUUCUAGUUCUAGUACCGACUCGUGAACUUGGAGUACAGGUUUACCAGGUAACUAAACAAAUUUGUCAGUUCACUGACAUACAAAUAGGGCUAGCAGUUGGUGGGUUAGAUUUAAAGGUGCAGGAGACAAUCCUUAGAAAAAAUCCUGAUAUUGUUAUUGCAACACCAGGCCGGUUGAUUGACCACUUAAAAAGUACUCCUACGUUUAGCUUGGAGUGUAUUGAGGUUCUAAUACUGGACGAAGCUGACCGCAUGUUAGAUGAAUAUUUCGCGGAGCAAAUGAAAGAAAUUAUUAAGCAAUGUUCUAGACAGAGACAGACCAUGCUAUUUUCCGCUACAAUGACGGAUGAAGUCGAAAGUCUGGCUGCAGUUUCUCUUUCAAAGCCUGUAAGGUUAUUUGUAGACAGUAAUAGGGAUGUUGCCUUUAAUUUAAGGCAGGAAUUUAUUCGUAUUAGAUCUGAUAAAGAGGUAGAUCGUGAACCUAUACUCGCCUCUAUGUUAUGUCGAACUUUUCGUGAGCACUGCAUGGUGUUUGUACAGACUAAGAAACAAGCGCACCGUUUGCAUAUUUUAUUAGGACUUUUAGGGUUGAAAGUGGCGGAAUUACAUGGUAAUUUAACUCAGCCCCAACGUUUGGAAGCUUUGGAAAAGUUUAAGUCAAAAAAUGUUGACAUUCUUGUGGCCACUGAUGUGGCAGCUCGUGGCUUGGACAUUUCUGGAGUUCAAACUGUAGUAAAUUUUGUGAUGCCUGCUACCAUAGAACAUUACAUUCACAGAGUUGGUAGAACUGCUAGAGCAGGUCGUGCGGGAGUAUCUGUAAGCUUGGCGGGUGAGAUGGAACGAAAAAUUGUGAAGGAAGUUAUUAAAAGGGCGAAAAAUCCUGUAAAGGGUCGGGUGAUACCACCAGAUAUUCUGGAGAAAUACAGAACAAAACUAGAAAAAAUUGAGCCUCAAAUAGCACAAAUUUUACAAGAGGAAUAUGAAGAACGAAUGCUGAACAAAGCCGAAAAUCAAGCUAAUAGAGCUGAAAAGUUACUAAAAGGAGAAUUAGAUGAAAAACGACCUUGGUUCCAGUCUAAAAAGCAAAGAAAGGAGGAACAACAUCGAUUGUCAUUAAAACAAACCAACGGAGAAAAUAAGAAUGUAACGAAAAAAGGGGCAAAGAAACCAAAAGCUAAAAAAGACAGAUCAAAGGAAACACCGGAAGAUAGAAUUCAAAAUGAAAUAAAUAAGGUGGCUCUGCUACAAGCGAAAUUAGCGAAAAAAAAACAAAAACAAAAGAAAAUUAGUACAGUCAGGGAAGAGAGUUUUCAAAUUAAUUCCAACAGUAAAAAGAGAAAAUCAAAUUUUCUUGAUUUAGAUGUGUCUCAAAAAAAUGCCAAGAAAUUAAGGUAUGAUGCAAAUUUGAAGAAAAGUGGCAGGAAUAAUAAACCUGGUAAAAAUACAAGAAAAGGAAAUGUAAAGAAAGGAGGAAAGGUAUUUGGUAAACCUCAAAAAAAGAAAAAAGGUUAAUUCGGAAUAAAUUAGAAAUGUAUAUUAGUGCAACAAUGAAAGAAAAUGAAAUAUUUUAUAAGAAAAUGUUUAUAAACCAAUAAAAAUACAUUAAUCGUUUUAAAGUUUUAAAUAGAUACCCAUGUUUCACUCCUUUGAGGAAAUUUUUUGAUCGGUUAUUUUAUUUUAUAAAUAU